GGGGUUUAAGACGCAAGAUGUGUUCAAUCGGAGUAACUGCUCUCUGUUCUCCGGCUAAAUUUCAUCAUCGCCGGGAACAAUCACUGAUUUUUACUCCGACCCAUUUGCGUAAUCCAAAUGGGUUCCAAUUUCGGUGGAGAAAGUCCCGACCUUUCGCUCCCAGACUCGCCCAACCCGACAAUUUCGCUCCGCCGCUCCCUCUCAUACGCUCUUCGACGUCUCUUCUUUCUUCCAAGGAUUUCGUUCAGAUGCUGGCGAGAAAAGCCGCCAUUUUACUUGUUGGGUCGUUUGUCUUUCUAGGGUUCUGCUCUUCGAAACCUGCUUUAGCGCUACCCACUGCAACUGUAGUCUCCCAGGCAGAGUUAGAGGACGAGAAAAUGUUCGAGAAGCUUCUGGAAAAUGAGCCAGAGAACAUGGAGGCUAUGAAGGCUGUUGUGUAUAAGAAGAUGAGGAGAGGGAAAAAUGAAGAUGCUGUGAAAUAUGUUGAGAAGCUGAUGAAAUUAGAGCCUCAUGAAGUUGAGUGGAAGCUUUUAGAAGCGCUUUGCUAUGAAACAAUGGGGGAAUUGAGCAAAGCCAAGAGAUUGUAUAAGGAUAUUCUCAAAGAACAACCUCUUUUGAUCAGAGCUUUGCACGGUCUUGCUAUGGUAAUGCAUAAGACUCAUGACACCUCUGUCUUUGAUAUGCUCAUUGAAGCUAUGGAAGUUGCUCGACAAGGAAACCGAGUAACCGAGGAGAGAAACAUACAAGUCUUGAUUGGUCAAAUGCAUAUUGUGGAGGGUCAAUUUGAAGAAGGUCUAAAGAUAUUUCAACAGAUGGUGAAUGAUAAUCCUCGAGAUUUUCGACCUUACCUUUGCCAGGGCAUAGUGUAUAGCUUAAUGGAUAAAAAAGAGGAAGCAGCACAACAGUUUGAGAUCUAUUGGAGUCUUGUACCUGGAGAAUUCCCACAAAAGGGAUUUCUCGACGAUGUUGCCUUGGCUGCUCAAGCAAAAUCCCGAGAACGGCUUCAAAACACAUUCAAAGCUAAAUUUACUCAGGGGAGAUAAUUGAAAGCUUCAUCAGCAGUUCAAAGUUUUCUUCUUGAGGUUUGCAGUGCCCACUCAUGUAAUCACAUUUUGGUCAUGUUACAGUUACAUGACAUAUGUUUAUAAAGAAUAUCAGGUAUGAAAUGUUAACAUGUGUCGGGGUUAAAGAAAAAAAACGCUUUCGAGCAGGCAGAGUUUGUGGCUGCAUGUAGAACCGAGAAGAAGAUGGUGCUUUUUUGUUGUUUUGUUUUGUUUUUGCAGUCAUGCUAGUGAUUUCUCUCAGGUGCAUAAUAAUCAGACGUGAAAGAUUACGACUUCCUUGUCAUUCGUAGAGAUAUUAUACAACUGUUUUUUCUGCUGUCUAUCGGUCAUACGAUUGUUGAUACAUCUCUUCCACCAACAGUAGCAAUUUUUUUUGUCAGAAAAAAAACCUAUCAUAAUCAUUCUUGAAAAGAAGCAGGUAAUUUGACGAUCUCUUCAAGUUAGAUAUUGACUUAUUUCAAUGAUUCUGAAUUUCUGAUGCUAUUUAAUUAUUCUGAUCACGUGUAAUGUAAAGUA